GUCUGCAAUCCACUCUGCUUAAUCUACCAAUCCAAGAAUUUAGCUUAGCUUAGCAUGGCGAAUUUCGUUUUAUUUUCUCCUAUUCUCUUACUCCUUUCCAUUUUCUCCAUUGCAGAUGGUGGUUCGGUCGGAGUGAACUACGGGCGCAUUGCUAACAACCUCCCGUCCGCCGUGAAAGUGGUGGCGCUACUAAAAUCUCAGGGGCUUGAUCGCGUCAAGGUGUACGACACUGAUCCUGCAGUUCUCAAGGCGUUUUCCGGGUCGGGGAUAAAGAUCACCGUUAAUCUCCCAAAUGAGCGUCUCUACUACGCCGCAAAACGGCAGUCGUUUGCGCAGUGGUGGGUCCGGCGUAACGUCGCCGCCUACCACCCGGCUACUCAGAUCGAAGCGAUCGCCGUGGGAAAUGAGGUUUUCGUUGAUACUCAUAAUACCACUAAGUUCCUCGUACCGGCUAUGAGGAAUAUCCACCAGGCUUUGGUCAAGUUGAAGCUUGAUGGCGUCAUCAAGGUUUCGUCACCCGUGGCGCUCAGCGCGUUGCAGAGCUCUUACCCGUCUUCGGCCGGGGCGUUCCGGUCUGAGCUUGUCGAACCGGUCAUCAAGCCCAUGCUGGAUUUCCUUCGUCAAACCGGGUCGUAUUUAAUGGUUAACUGUUAUCCCUUCUUCGCUUACGAGUCCAACGCUGACGUCAUCCCGCUCGACUACGCGCUCUUCCGGGAGAAUCCCGGCGUGGUGGACGCCGGGAACGGGCUCAAAUACUUCAACCUCUUCGACGCGCAAAUCGACGCCGUUUUUGCCGCCAUGUCCGCGUUGAAAUACGACGACAUCAAAAUGGUGGUGACCGAAACCGGCUGGCCGUCCAAAGGCGACUCCAAAGAAGUCGGCGCCGGCGUAGAAAACGCCGCCGCGUACAACGGCAACCUCGUCCGCCGAGUGCUCACCGGCGGCGGGACCCCCUUGAGACCCCACGAAGAACUCACCGUCUACCUCUUCGCCCUCUUCAACGAGAACAAGAAGAUCGGACCGUCGUCGGAGAGAAACUUCGGCCUGUUCUACCCGAACGGGAAAAAAGUCUACGACAUACCGUUGACCACGCAGGGGCUAAAGGGCUACCACGACAAGCAAUCUCCGGCGGCCGGCGGUCACAUUCUCUCCAAAUCCGCCCGGGGAAAGACAUGGUGCGUCGCAAACGGAAAAGCCGGGAAAGAAAAACUUCAGGCCGGUCUAGACUUCGCUUGCGGAGAAGGUGGAGUCGAUUGCCGUUCGAUCCAACCGGGCUCCACGUGUUACAAUCCUAACACUCUUGAGGCCCACGCCUCGUUCGCGUUCAACAGUUAUUAUCAGAAGAAGGGCGGAGGGAUCAGCGCAUGCAACUUCGGUGGAGCCGCAUACAUCGUAUCCCACCAACCAAAAUUUGGGAAGUGUGAAUUGCCCCACUAGAGAUUGAUGGUGAAAACACAAUACUCAGCUCAGAUUCUUCUCCAAUGUUUUGGUUUGGGAUGCCAAAGUGUUACGUAUGCGUGAAAUAUUGUACGAGAAAUUUUGAAAUUGAUUCUUGUAAAAAAAUUAAACAAUUUCUAGUUAACUAUUAUCAUGUAUUUAUUAGUUGCGAGUGAAUGUUUUCAUUUAUUUUUUAUUUUUUGGGUUUUGCCAUUUGAUCA